UUCGAUGGUCGAAUUUCUCAGUUUUUUUACUUCGAAAUUUGAUCCUUGAUAAAUAUGCCCCUAAAAGUUAACUUAAUCGUAAACAAAUGGUUUAACAAAUAAAGACUUGAGAAGAAAAGCCAAGCAACAAUUUUGUUCCAUAUUAAUAGAUACUGUACAUUUUUUUUAUAAAUAAUCUUCCUGUAUCUGUAAAAUGCUCAAUUGUAUUUUUUCCGCAAUGAAAGCUAAAUGCUAAUUCAGUGUCACUUGGCAGAUUUGUUCAGUCCUAUCUGGCCCCGCCUCAUUGCUGUCAGUCAGUAAUGGUUGCCUCUAGCAACAGAUACAACAAAAUAAACAGAGCAAGAGAAGUGAUUGCAAGAAAGUGUGGCCUGUGAGACUCCAUGGAUCCUGUAAUAAAACCAAAUCCUGGGCACUGGUUUUGGAAGGAAGACACAAAAACACUGGAAUUCUCAAGGUUUAUGAGUAACAACACAUUUACAGAUACCAGAGAAAGAAUUAAAAAGGGCAGAGCAAUCCACUUCCAGGAUAAUCUAAACAAAGCACCAGACAGAUCUCAGCUUCUGGAUGAAUUCCUUAUGUCCCUACUUUAUUAUCUUUCCUGUCAUUUGCAGAAGCAUUCCCUUGAAAACAAGCCAAAGUCAUUGAUGCUGAGUCCUAGUAUUUUUGAAAACCAAGAACUGGCGGAAGUUCUGACAAGAAUGGAGAAUGCCCUGAAGCACUUUGCCCAUCUAUAUUGCAUUGUUGUACUUGGAGAAGAAAUGAUGGAGCAGCACCACAUGGCUUGUGGAAAGAACAAAGCCUCGGCAACAAAUAAGGAUCGCAGAUUCUAUGAGUGCCUGUACAGCUUCUGUAUAUACAUUGCCUGGGUUGUAUUUAGGCGCAAGGAUCUUAAUGUAAUUGAAGAGGAAGUUGGUAGGCUUCUACGCUCCAAUGCAUUUAAUCCUGCAUUACGGCCAAAAGAUGCCCCGGAAGAGCAAAGUUGGAACUUUUAUAUGGAAAAGAAGAAAUCAAAGAAGAAAGCAACUUAUGCAGGGAACAGGAACAAGAAUGAGAGUAUAAAGCGGCCUGCAAUAAAGAGUAUCCUGACACAGUGCUCUCCAACCCUCACCUCCUUAAUCCCCUCGCCCAAGGAAAGAUCCAGCUACCUCUUCCACAAACACAACCUACACCCCGGUAGCCACUUGGGGGUCACAGAUACAGAGAACUGGCUUGAUAUGUCUCCUUGCCUUAUUACACCAAGGAUUGGAAUAUUAGGAGAACCUCUGAAAAACUUCCAUCUUCAUAGCCUCAUACCAGUAGGGGCAGAGGAAGAAGAGGAAGAGGAGGAGGAGGAGAAGCCCGGAACAAGAGGGGAUAAAAGCUCAGCCUCAUUCUAUUCCCAUGGCCUGUCCUCACAUCAGUCUGACAUACGGCCAGGAGCAGGCCGGCAAAGUGCGGUUAUUUCUAGAGCAACCACCGAAGCAGCUUACUCUGACACAGAUUAGGUUUCUCCAGAUAUGUCUAGCUCACCUUAUACGGAGCAUUGUACCUCUACCUAAUGAAAUGCAUUUUGCAUUUACAUCCUUGAUGUUUCCAUGGUGGAUGCAAACAUAAAUAUAAUUAUUUUAUUAUGAAUUAAUAAAAUAUUUUCUACAGCACA